AUGGAGCCGACACGGUCAAUGCCGGUGCCUAUGGAGGGACUGCAGGAAGCAGGGCCUUGUCCGUUUCUAACUAAGACGUUCGAGAUAGUGGACGAUCCAAACACGAACCACAUUGUGUCUUGGAACAGGGGAGGCAUCAGUUUCGUCGUAUGGGAUCCACAUUCCUUCUCCGCGACUAUUCUUCCUCUGUACUUCAAGCACAACAAUUUCUCCAGCUUCGUCAGACAACUCAACACUUAUUCCUGGAGGACCUCUACGAUGCGCUCUACCUCCAAUUACUGCAAAAUGUGGAAGAUUAAUGCUCUGGUGUUACUAUAUAAGAGGACAUGGCGAGCGAAAACUUACUCUACCUUUUUUUCUAAUCUUGAUCCUCAGGGAUUCAGAAAGAUCGAGGCAGAGAGAUGGGAGUUUAUGAAUGAAGGUUUCUUGAUGGGACAAAGAGACCUUCUCAAAAGCAUCAAGCGACGAACCUCCUCUUCUGUCCCUCCCUCGCUCCAUCACUCCCAACCCGACGACGGUCACGACCCCUGCCUCGAGCUCCGACAAGAGAGGCAUGCCCUGAUGAUGGAGAUAUCGAGGCUCAGACAGCAGGAGCAAAGAGCGAGGGGCUACAUCCAAGACAUGGAGCAGAGGAUUAAUGGAGCAGAGAAGAAACAGAGACAUAUGAUGUCGUUCCUGAGGAGCGCGGUGCAGAACCCUACUCUUCUGCAGAAGCUACUCGAGCAGCAGAGGAAAGAGCUUGAGGAGGCUGCGAUCGACCAGGUCAAACUGGAGCCGGUGGAACACGUGUCGGAGCUGGAGGCUCUGGCGCUAGAGAUGCAAGGGUAUGGACGCCAACGGAUUGAGGACGUGGGGAGGGAACUCGACGACGGGUUCUGGGAGGAACUACUGAUGAACAACCACCACAACUCGGAGGGGGAUGGAGAAGAAGAAGAAGAAGAUGCGAACGUGGACACAAGUUAA